UCUUUCUCUCUCUCUCUCUUUCACACACUCACACACACACACACAAACCGACCGUCACUCCUGGCAGAGGGAAGACAGGACCACAGGAGAACUGUUACACACCUUUACUCCCAGCUACUCACCCAUUGCUAGACGCUUUACCCAGGAUGUGGACGCUUCUCUUGGGGGUCACCUUUGGAUUACUGGCCUCCUCCAGGUCGGAACAACUUCAAGUGAAUUCUCGCAGCUGCAGCUAUGCUGGGGUAUUUCUGGUUGAGGGAGCAAAACGGCACUCUCUGAACCUCGACAUGGCUCAAAAGGUGUGUCAGCAGCUGCAGAGCACCUUGGCAAGUCAAGAAGAAGUCCAUGAGGCCUAUAAUAAUAGCAUGCAAACAUGCAGGAACGGCUGGACCAGCAAUAUGAGCAUUGCCAUCCUCAGACACAGUCAACAUGAAAACUGUGCAAAAAACAUGACUGGGUUCAUCAUUAAUCCUCGUGUAGAUGCUAACGAUCUCUAUGAUGCCUACUGCUAUGAUGAAACAGUUGGGCCGGAGAAGAACUGUUCCGCUGCCUUUCAAAGGAAUGAGGACUCAGAUACAACAGAACACCCUCAGGCUGCAACAACAACAGAAGGCCAGGAAGAGACCAUUCCACAAACACAACCUUCUGAUGGUGAGGAUGGUGACCCCACUGUAGCCACUGCGGAGUCAACCACUAUAAUCACCACAGAACCCUUUGGAGACAGUGAGAGAAGCACUAUGGCGAAUCCCAUUCAUGAAGACUUUGGUUCUGGUAUAUCUUCUGACAUUGAGGGAGCCUCUACAACGUCCCCUGUUGGAGAGACAAAGGAAACACAAUCUACCCCUGAAAAUGAGCGACAGAACGAUAUAAUGAAGACUGAAGAAGAUGACAGCACAACAAAAUCACCACAAAAUCCUAAUGGCAAGGGACGGGUCCUGGGUCCUGUUGUGCCGACUGAGGAAGGAAAAAAGGAAAACGAAACGAACUGGCUGAUAAUCCUCCUAGUGAUUGUGGCAGUUGUUGUUAUUUUUGUAGUGUGUGCAGCUGUUGCCAAAAGAAACAGCUUGUGCGGCAAACAACAGACCCUGAUGAUCACACCCAAAGACGGUGAGGGGAACGGGGCGGCGGCAUCAGCAUCCAGCUCCCACGCCCAGGAGAGAGAGCAGGAGAUGGUGACCCUCAUGAACAAGGAGAAGAUCCAGGAGAACGGCAACACAGAGGAGUUCACCGUCAUCACGCUAGAGGAGUCGCCAGAUAAAGAACAGCUGGCGUGAGAGAGGAGCGUAGAAGCAGUAAAAGAUGAGAAUAGGAGGGAUAGAGUGAGGAGAUGUUUGGGUGGGUGGGGGUGGAGCUCCAAACACUGGGGGGUAAAAAAAAAAACUGCUUUGGUGGCCAGCACUGAAUGGACACUCAGUAAGGGUGUAAGUGUGUGUUAUUUAGAGAUUGUCUUACUGAGAUAAAUAGUGUUGUACUGGCAAACCAACCUGUGCAGCAUUUUGUUUGUGUGGUAUGCCAGGUUAAUUAGGACUGAAUGGCGGUCAAAGACUGUGUCAUGCAUGGUGGGGUAUCAUGUAUUGGGGCAUAAUGGGUGCGUGAAUGUGUUUUCUGUCAGUUCUUUGUGUUUGUGAGCUGUAUGCUUUGUUGAUGACAGGACUGGAUGGGCUUUAAAGGGAGAGGGUGGUGAGGGUCUAAUUUGUGAAGAUGACAAAUUAUUUUCUUUUUAUAGGAUUGGUGGAUUUUAAAUUAUAGGGUCUUUCAGCCUAAAUGGGAAAUAAUAAAUCAAUAAAGAUAACUUUUUUUUAAGUUUGAGAUACUGCAGAUAGAAAAAAAAAUAAUUUUGAGUAAAACAACCAUUCCAUUUUUCCAUUCCAUUCCGUUUUCCAUGUGUUUCAUUUCUUUGUUUUGUUUGCUUAUUGUUGUAACCUUGUGUAUAUUUCAGACAUUGCCUGUGGACUGGAGUUUGGUUUUUUCCAUUUUCAAGAAAACUAAGGGAUGUCACUACCUUAAUUUAUGCAGCUUUGAUUCCCUUUUUCUUGGUCUUUGUAUAUAAAGUAUAUGUUUUGGAAAUGCCUUAGCAAUAGCUGCCAGUGCUUUUUGUUAGCUAGAAAAGGGUCUUGUAUCCCUUUUAAAUAAAGGAACGUGUCAUACUUUUUGAGAGUUAUUUAAUUAGAAACAGUACCUCUGAGGUAAACAAUUGUGAAUGGAUUUUGCAAUAGUCAAAGUGGAGUGGAUAUUGUAUGAAUCAAGUUGAUGUAUAGCAUCCAAAACUGUGCAAUUGAUGCACCAUUGAAGUCAGUCAAUAUGGUAUGCAUUUAUAUUGAGUUGUGAAUAUGAUAAUAUGAUGUCCCCGAUGUUAUCCUGAGGAUAAGUAGAACGAUAACGAUGAUGUAUACAUUCUAUAUACACAGUGUGUACAUUGAUUAAGGAAAAAAAACUGCAAAAUAAAGAAUUGGAUACAGCAGAUUAACCAUCUUUUAAAUACAAGAUUUAAGCUCAAUCGAGACACGAGAAGUGAGUGACAGCGGCCUAAGAUGCUAGAUGCUAAACUACAUGGCACAUAUGAUAAUGGGGGGCCCAUGUGCUGUAAACAUAGCAAUGUAAAGGUUUUCCUCAUGAAAGAGGCUGUGAGAGCGUUGUCUGUGUGCUCCCAGGGGGGAGGGGCGCGCGCGAUGAAUGAAACCUGUGUGCUUGCCUAGGCCUUAAUGUGCCGGUUACUCUGUACAUUCACACAAGUAAACGAAAUGCUGCAGUUUUUCUACUAAUCUUCUCAUUGGUGAAAUAUAUCAUACCUUGUGCCAUAUCAAUAUGAUUCCCUGUGUGACAGCUAAUUUCUCCUGAUUUUCAGUAUAACACUGAAUUGUACAAACUGAUUGUAAACUGAUUUUUUUUCCCCGACUUGUUCAGUUUUUUUUCCUGCUUUUGCUCUUAUAGAAUUCAUUUUGAGGAGAAGUAGCAAAUGUACUAGUGUAGGCAGGUUUUAUGACAAAUUAACAUAAUAUGUCGCUGAAAACAUUUGUAAAGUCAUGAAUGAAAAUAAAUGUGUAUAGAUAGAAAUACA